AAGCCAGGCCAAAGGUCAGAGGUGAAGGCGUCAUGGCGGCGCUGUGUCGGACCCGUUCCGUGGCUGCCGAGAGCCAUUUCUUGCGAGUCUUUCUCUUCUGCCGGCCCUUUCGAGGCGCAAGCACUGAGAGCGGCUCCGACAGCGGCGAUUCCGACUCCACGGCACACAGGCUGCGUCCUGGCGGCUUUGCGAGUGCCUUAGAGCGACACUCAGAGCUGCAGCGGAAGGCGGAGCCCAAGCUGGAGUCUACGGGAAAUGUGGAAUCCUUUGCAUCCCUGCUGAGACAUUCUCCUCUUACCCAGAUGGGGCCUGCCAAGGAUAAAUUGGUCAUUGGACGAAUAUUUCAUAUUGUAGAAGAUGAUCUUUAUAUAGAUUUUGGUGGCAAGUUUCACUGUGUAUGUAGAAGACCUGAAGUAGAUGGAGAGAAGUACCAGAAAGGAACCAGAGUCCGACUGCGGCUAUUAGAUCUUGAACUUACAUCCAGGUUCCUGGGAGCAACAACAGAUACCACCAUCCUGGAGGCAGAUGCAGUUCUCUUAGGACUCCAGGACAGUAAAGACUCAAGAUCAAAAGAAGAACAUCGUGGAAAAUAAGUGAAUUUUGCUUAGUGCAUUCAUUCCUUGUUUGUUGACCCCAAACAUUUGUCAAGAAUACAGUUAGCAAACUGUGAAUAACUGAUUAAACAGAUAUAAUAAAUGGAAACUAUAAUUGUAACUCUUAA